AUGGAGCUCAGUCAACUUCCUCUUGUGCUCUUGCUGAUUUCACACAUCUACUCUGGAAACACUGAAGAAAAACCAAAAGCCAAAGUGAGCAUUAAACCUGAUCAUCAUGUAUUCAGAGGAGAGAAAGUCACUCUCAGAUGUGACAUUGAUGGUGAAGGAGUCACUAGCUGGCAGUACAGCUGGUAUAAAGAUGAUUCAAACAGUGUUUUCAGUGGACUACAGGAACACACAUUCAGUUCUGUUACUGAGUCUGACGCAGGUAAAUACUCCUGUUAUGGAGCAGAGAGAGGAGGAUCACGAAAAUCAAACAUCAGUGAUGAAGUUACACUGACAGUAUCAGAUACAUUUUUAAGUGUUUCUUCACAGAAGUGGUUGAUUGAAGGAGAUUCAGUGACUCUGAUCUGUGAGGUUAACAACUCCUCUACAGGCUGGACAUUCAGCUGGUAUGCGGUGUCAUCAGACUACAGAAAUCAUUAUCAACUGCUCUCAGACAGCAGCAGAGGAGCUGGAGGAAACUACACUGUCAGUUCUGCUUCUCUAAAACACACAGGAGUUUAUGUGUGCAGAGCAGAGAGAGGAGAACCAGCCUAUAAAACAACCUACAGCAACAAACAGCCAGUAUUGGUCACUGGUGUUUCUCCUCGAGUCUCUCUGAUCAUCAGUCCCAGCAGAACUCAACACUUCACAUUUGUCUCUUUCUCUCUGAGCUGUGAGGACCAGAGUAACUCUGAUAGAUGGAGAGUGAGAAGAUACACAGAGAGUUGGGGGCUGCAAGAUUGUUCAUCAUCAGUGUGGGGAUCACAAACAGGAUCUACAUGUACAAUCAGCUCCACCAUCACAUCAGACACUGGAGUGUACUGGUGUCAGUCGGAAUUUGGAGAGAACUACCAUCCUGUUAAUAUCACUGUACACUCUGGUGUGAUUCUGGAGAGUCCUGUUCAUCCUUUGACUGAAGGAGAUACUCUGACUCUACAUUGUUUAUAUCAACAUUCAACUCCACCAAACCUCAGAGCUGAUUUCUAUAAAGAUGGAUCACUCAUCCAGAAUCAAACUACAGAGAUGAUCAUCUCUACUGUCUCAAAGUCACAUGAGGGUUUCUACUACUGCAAACACUCAGAGAGAGGAGAGUCACCCAAGAGCUGGAUCUCAGUCAGAGCUUCUUCCAGAGCAUCCAGAUCUGAAGGGUUCAGUCUCGUCAUAAUCGGAGUGACUGCAGGACUAACUGUCUCAAUUGUGAUCAUUGUCUUCUUGGUCCUUCUGUGGUGCUAUAGAAACAAAGGUUCUUCAUCUGUCAUAUUAAAAUUCAUAACAUUUUGGUAGACACUAACUCUGAUCCUAAAUCUUGUUGAGCAAAUGCGUUUAAAACAUGGAUUAAGAAAUGAAGACGCUGUGGAUUGUUCGGAGAUGAACAGUUCUGCCCUGUCUUUAUCUUCUGGCUGGCAAAAUUAAGCAAAACA